UUCGUGUCGACCAAUCAGAGCUUCGUUAACACACCCGAUUUAUUUUAUUGUGUACUUGAGUGUACUAGUGUACGGACAAGUUGGAGACCCGAUCGUGGAGUGAUAUAGUGUGGUGAUACUAACUUCAAACGGUUAUGGGUCGAGAUAUGUGGUUUGUGACGGGACCAUAUGGUUAGAUUAUUGCCGAGAACUUGAACGGAGCGUUGUGCUUGUGGACAAGUGUGUGUUAAGGCGUGUGUGUGUUGACAGCGGAUCUCCUGGUGGCCUUUCUGUGAAGGGUUAACGUGAGGUUCAGGAUUCUCUGGAGUCGAGAGCAGUUGACGCAUUGGCUUUUGUAACAUUCUGAAUGAUCUUCUACUUAAACUGACGUUUUAUAUUCAGCCUAUUCAAGAAUUAUAGAUCCAGGGUAGGAAUUCGUGAUUGUAUCAUUGUGACGGCGAGGAGUAUUGUAAACACAGAUGGUGAUGGCGAUAUAGAUUUUCUACACGGAUGGUGACGGCGAGAUAGAUUGUGAACACAGAUGGUGACGGCGAGAUAGAUUGUGAACACGGAUGGUGACGGCGAGAUAGAUUGUGAACACGGAUGGUGACGGCGAGAUAGACUGUGAACACGGAUGGUGGCGGAGAUAUAUAUUGUAAAUACAGAUGAUGCCAGUGAAAUGUGUUCUGAAAGAAAAUGGGGAUGGAUACGUACGUGAACUCGGCUAGUCACGGUACGAUAUAAACUUAAUACGGAUGUGAAAUGUGUUCUAAACACGGAUAGUCAGUGCGACAUAUAUUCUAUAAAUACGGAUAGCGACGACAGAAUUUGGUAACGGCAAGUGCCAUCUAAAACAAAAGAUUGAGUUAUCAUGAACACAGACAACACACCUUAUUCUUCUAAAAUGAACGUAUUAACCCAAGGUUAAGACGGGGCUGUCUUCACAAUGGAUGAUACCAUCAACGGAUGACGUCGCUGCAGAUGAUAGUCGAUUAAGGACCACAGGACGUUGACUUUGAGGUCUGUCCAGUAUAAGGUCAGACAUUUUAUGCACUGUUCAAGUGGACUUCAGGGGGGAUUUCUCCUCCAACGAUUAGACUAAUUGCCCCAUGUAAGGUCCAGAGUCUUAGCAUCAUCUAGUAGUCUGCUGUAGCUAAACGUGACCUGUUCCGACAUGACUACCAUACAGAGGCUAUGCGGAGAACACUUUGUUCCCACCGACAAACCUAAGAAGGUGGGAGGCUAUAUUUUGGGGAAGAUUAUCGGAGAAGGCCGGCAGUCUACUGUCCGAGAAGCUAUCCACCAAGAGCUGAAUGAAAAGGUGGCUGUGAAAUCAAUCCUCAAAUACCCUUCCAGGAAAGGCGACACACAGAGACAGUGUUUCCGCCGCGAGGUUGACAGCCUACGUUGUCUCCGUCACCCUAACGUCGUGGUGUUGUAUGAGACGAUGGAGACAACGAGGCACAUGUACCUCGUCAUGGAACUAGUAAAGGGGCCAACACUGGCCAAGGUUCUGAGACGCAGCAGGGGUCACCUCUGUGACGAGGAUACGAGGACGAUGAUGGCGCAGCUGUCGUCGGCUGUCGCACACUUACAUCACAACAACGUCAUUCAUCGAGACAUCAAACCCGCAAACAUUAUAGUCAACAAAGAAAAUAAACACAUCACACUAAUAGACUUCGGUUUGAGUACACGGUUCCACGAAGAUUCUCCCGUGACCCGCCAGUGUGGGACACCGAUCUACACGGCGCCCGAGGUGUACUCGGGUGCACGGUAUGGGCCACCAGUCGAUGUGUGGAGUUUAGGGGUGAUUCUGUUUGAAAUGCUGACUGGCAAACCCCCGUUCGUGUCGGACCGGCCGAGGAGCAUGACACAACUGUACGGGUGUAUACUGAAGACAGUCGUCGUGCCACAUAGCCUACAGCAAGAUUGUGCUGACCUCGUGAAGUCCCUCCUCCACAUCGACCCGCUCGGUCGACCCACCAGCCGUCAGGUCUUGAAUCACCCCCUGGCUUCGUCGAGACACUGAUCAAAUGUCGAACACUGGAAGCGACGGGGAUGUCAGCUCGAGUUUUCACGAUUAUUCUGAGAGACAAUGUUCAUCGCAGUCGAAUCAAAGCCAAACAGACGUUCAUCAACAAUGCGAGAGUGUUUUAUUGUGACCCCGCCACACUGAAGAUUCGUCGUAGCGGAUGGCGAUGGUUGUGUAGUGUUGACAGACCGACAAGAGUGACCUCCCUUUAACGUACUCAUCUUGGACAGUGUGAUGGGUGAUUGUGAACUGACUCAGUGACUGCAACUUUUGUCAUAAAUGCCUGUGAAACGUUUACGGAAUGAUGUAUCAUUAUUUUCAUGGAAAUCAUGUAUUUGCAAAAUUAAAACAAAUGUAAAAAUUAUAACAAUG